AUGGGUUGGCUUUAUGCAGCGAUUGCUGGUACCACGGAAUCGGGAAAAACUACUUUGAUGCGUCUUGUAGCAAAUGAACUGCUCAGGAUAUAUGGCGAGGAGAAGCCUAUUUACUGCCUUUCAGGAUGGCCACAAAGUGUCUAUGAUAUAGGCUGGGCCGCGCGUUUAGAGAAGAACACCGGCGCACACGGCCGCAACUGGCUCAACUACUCAUCUUAUUUACUUCUAGAUGAAGCUCAGUUGUUAUACUGGCAUGAUAACCUCUGGUCAGAGUUCUUCGAAAGUGUCGAGCUGCUUGGGGAUUCAUGGGUUUUGGCGGGAAAGAGCAUGCGGAAACUCCGAUCAACUUUGCCCCCGAACAGUAAAUUUCCUUACAUCCUGAAGGUAGCAUUGGACCUGAGCCCACCACGUUGGAGGCCAGUUGGUCUACUGCUUAGCGAGGAUGAGGCAGGACGUGGUCGGCCGUUUCGCACCCGCUGCCUUAAGCUCAAAUAUGACUGA